AUGGCCACUAAUGCUGCCCGCAAGUUGCCCCAACGGCGUGGAAUUGGCCAGCGUGUCAAGGCUGACGAAAACGCAAUGAGUAGACACUCCCGUCAUGGCUCGAUAGGUGCUUCAAGGUUUUCAGCAAAGGAGAACGCCUCGAAAGGCGGCGUUGUAAGACAAGCCUUGGGCGAGGUCACCGCCGUCGCCGUUAACCGCAACAAAGACCCAGUCCACAAGGCGGGCGUGGGGAAAGAGCUCAAGGAAGAAAUUGGCAUGAAGCGAGGAAGGUCAGAUUCAACCACCCUCGCCCAGCGCGUCCCGCUGGGCCCCUCCCGAAACCCCCCAAUGGCCAAUGUGCCACAGGCUACCGUCAACAUGCGUGUCCCUUCCGUCCGACCCAAGAUACCCGCCGCUAUUAGUAACAACCGCAUUUCGCGCUCCAGCACACUAGAGACAGUGGUCUACCAAGACCCCGUUCCCGCCGAGACCCAUGUCCGCAUGGAAGUUGAACAUGCAGAAGACGACGUCGGCCACGAGCAAGAGGUCGAAGCGAUGGUUGGCGUUGAUGUGGAUGACGUUCCCGAAACACCCGGUGCAGCACUUGCCUCGGAAGAGGACAAGCCUGAAAGAGUAUGGCCCGAGUACUCGACACAACGGGCCAAGCGAUUCCAACGCGAAGUCGACCACGUCCGCGAACGCUUUGAAGAUGAAGUUGACAUGUACGACACAACAAUGGUCUCCGAGUAUGCCGACGAGAUCUUUAAGUAUAUGGAAGAGAUGGAGGAUGAAAUCAUGCCCAACCCAGACUACAUGGAUGGUCAGAAUGAAAUCACCUGGUCGAUGCGACAGACGCUGGUCGACUGGUUGCUACAGGUGCAUUUGCGUUACCACAUGUUGCCCGAGACUCUUUGGAUUGCCAUCAACAUUGUCGACCGCUUCCUAACGAAGCGCGUCGUUUCGUUGGUCAAACUCCAGCUUGUUGGUGUGACUGCCAUGUUCGUUGCUGCCAAGUACGAAGAAAUUCUUGCACCUUCGGUGGAUGAAUUCGUCUUCAUGACGGAGAGUGGAUACACGAAGGAGGAGAUUCUCAAGGGCGAGCGCAUCAUGCUCCAAACCCUCGACUUCCGCAUCUCCCAUUACUGCUCCCCCUACAGCUGGAUGAGGAAAAUCAGUAAAGCCGACGACUACGACGUUCAGACGCGAACCCUGAGUAAAUUCUUGACGGAAAUUACUCUGCUGGACUACCGCUUCCUGCGAGUGAAACCCAGCAUGAUCGCUGCUAUUGGCAUGUACUGCUCUCGAAGGAUGCUUGGAGGCGACUGGAACGAAGCCUUCGUCUUUUACUCUGGCUACACGGAAGAGCAACUCAUUCCCGGGUUCGACCUCAUCAUCUCGAAGCUCGUGGAAGAGAACUUCUCCAAGCUGUACGUCUGCAAGAAGUAUGCCAACAAGAAAUUUCUCAAGGCAUCCAUCUUCGCCAUUGAGUGGGCGCACGCGCACCUCGAACGAAAGCACGAAACGAUGACUUUGGAGUGA